UUAUUACUUGUGGACUUUGUUCGCUGAACUUUCAUUUAAAAUGUGCAAAACUAAAUUCCGCUUGCCUCAAAGUAAUCAAAUCUAAUAAAAAUCUAAUAUUCAGAUGUGACACCUGCAGCAGUGUAUCUAUUUCGUCCUGCUUGGCUAAGAUUAGUAAUGCUUUGUGUUCACUAAAAGAAAUAGAAACUGCUUUUGGAGGACAUUCCAACCUGCAUAAUCCAGAAUAUCCAAAAAAUUCGAAUAUAUCGCACGUUUCUAUCAACAAUGCUGCUAGCAACAUUGCGCCUAGUAAUGAUACAGCUGAUAAUAACAAUUUGAUUAUUACGCGUUCAAAAGCUAGGGUCGCUGACCUUAAUAAGUCGCCCUUGAGCAUUAAUUCUUCAAUUUCUUUUGCUUCUGCUGCUUCUUCUGCUGGUGCCAUUACAACCAACGCUCUCACUGCCGACGUGGUUACUGCGUGCUCUGCUAACCCAAUAGGCAUAUGCUCUCCAAGCAUGUGCACAGUCAACGAAACUGUGACGCUGUCUCCUCGCAAUACCUCUUUGGCUGCUGAUAACCCAUCGGCUGCUGCGCAUGCCACUGGUACUUCGGCUGCUGAUAAUGAUAAUCGCUCGGCAACCAAUGAUGAAUCAACAGAGAUUGGUGACAAAAACUCAAAUAACAAUGCUGCGUGGACUGAAGUGAAAAACAGAAGGCGAAAGAAGGCUUUGGUUGUUGUGGGCUCAAAUGAUAGCACUGAGCUGAGUGUCGCUAUCCGCAAUAAAUGGUUACACCUUUCAUCGUUUGACCCGCAAGUUAGCGCUGAAGACAUAAAGAAAUAUGUAGCUAAACAUGCUGGUAUUGAUGCUGAUUCUCUCGCUUGCUACAUGUUGGUUAAGAAGGAUGACCCAGUAGGCAAACACAAGCGAGUCAAUUUCAAACUGGGCGUCUCAUCGGUAAAUUAUCAGAAGCUAUUAAGUUCGUCACUAUGGCCGGCUAAUGUAAGAGUUAGGCCAUUUCGUUUUUUUCAAAAGCAAACAGCUCAACAACAACAAAUGUGACGAUAAACAAUUGCCGUGAAAAUGUCAAAUGUAGUGAUGUUCUUAACAUAUACUAUCAAAAUAUUUCGGGAUUAAGAACAAAGUCUAAUACUAUCCAUCGCUUUAGCACUGAAGAAUUGUAUGAUGUAAUCGUUAUUGUGGAGACCUGGUUAAACGCGGACUUCUAUGAAGGCGAAUUUUUCGAUCUAAACCUAUACGACGUGUUUCGCAAAGAUCGGGACUCAGCUAAAACAGGCUGCUUGAGAGGAGGCGGAGUUCUUAUUGCUGUAAGAAGAAAGUUUCGGGCGUUUUCAGUGAAGCUCAAUAGUGACGACUCGUUGCUUGACCAAUUAUGUGUCUGCAUCAAGGGUUCUAAAGCAUAUGGCUCUUUAUAUCUAAUAACCUCUUAUAUUCCGCCUAAUAGUAAUUUUGACUUAUAUAAGGCACAUGUGGAUAACAUAGCUAGUCUAGUGGUAGAUAAUUUAAAUGACGAUCAUCUUUGUGUGCUGGGUGAUUUUAACCUUUGUAACGUUAGAUGGUGUAUUAAUUCCAAUAAUUCAGAUCUCCUGCCUAAUAAUAUAGUUACCAAUCACGAAACUUAUUUUGUAGAUAGCUUGCUAAGCCUAAACUUAAAGCAAAUUAACUGUUUUCCCAACAAUUUAAAUAGAUUGUUAGACCUGAUAUUCGUAACAGAUAAUAUUAACUUUUUAAUAUCAAAGUGCAUUUCUCCAAUUUCCGAUGCUGGUAUUCAUCAUAUCCCUUUAGAUAUUAAGCUAAAGUUUUAUGAGUUCGCAACAACAUCGCCUAUUGAUAGAACUGCUUUUAAUUAUGCAUCCUGUGAUUUUUCAAGGUUAAAUACAUCUCUUUUAGAUUAUAAAUGGGAUGAGUUAUUUUUCGGCCUGGACACUCACGGCUGCUUUUCCACUUUUAAGUCAAUAAUGCACGAUUUUUGCUUACACAAUAUACCUUUAAAAAAGAAGCGCUGUUAUAAAUCACCCUGGUGCAACAAAGACCUGAAGAAACUAAAAAAUCUCAAAAAUAGUUAUCUAAAAAAAUUUAAAUCAUCAAAAAAUCAUUAUUUCUUUGUAAAAUACCAGCGUUAUCAUAAGGAAUUUAAAUCAUUAAAUAAUCUCCUCUACAAAAACUAUAUUCGUAGCACCGAACGGAACAUUAAAGCUAAUCCGAAAUCAUUUUGGAACUUUGUCAAAUCCAAAAAAUCAUGUGCAAGUAUACCUACUUCGGUAAUGCUCGACGAUAAAUUUGCUAGUACUCCUGUUGAAGCAGCUAAUUUGUUUGCUGACUUUUUUAUGUCAAAUUACGUUGCUGAUGACGGGCAAUUCCCUAACUUCUCUUCUGAAAUAUCUUCUAUUCUCAACUUUGGGGCUCUUUUUAUUUCAUCGGAUGACAUUAUAAAGGGGAUGCUUUCUCUUAAACCUUCUUCGCAAACGGACGCAGACGGGAUGUCGGCUAUCUUAUUUAAAAACUGUCCGGCCUUAGCGAUUCCUCUUGCGAUAAUCUUUAAUAAAUCGCUAUCGUCAGGUAUUUUCAUAGAUGAAUGGAAAUUAUCUACUAUCACACCUUUUUUUAAAAGUGGAAGAAAAAAUGACGUUCGGAACUAUCGGCCGAUCUCGAAACUAUCGAACAUCUCAAAACUGUUUGAAUGUGUCGUUAAGGACAAGCUCUAUUUUGCAGUUAAAUCUCUAAUCUGUCCGAAUCAGCAUGGGUUUGUGUCAGGCCGCUCGACAGUAUCUAAUCUUACAGUUUU